AUGCAGGAAGUGGUGAAGAGUCUUGGAGAGAAUGAUGUGAUGGUGAUUUUGGACAACCACGUGACCGAGCCAGGAUGGUGUUGUGGUAACACAGAUGGAAAUGGCUUCUUCGACGAUCAGUUUUUCAACCCAAAUGAGUGGAUAUUGGGCCUCACCAAGAUGGCCACCCUUUUCAAGGAAGUUACUGCAGUGGUUGGUAUAAGCUUGAGGAAUGAACUACGAGGAUCUAAACAGAAUGUUAAUGAUUGGUACAUGGUAAAAGGAGCAGAAGCGGUUCAUGCAGCAAAUUCAGAUGUUCUUGUCAUUUUAUCUGGUUUAAAUUUCGAUACAGAUUUAUCAUUUAUUCAGAAGCAACCAGUAAGACUUACAUUUGAAGGAAAACUAGUAUUUGAGGUGCAUAGAUAUGGCUUCACCGAUGGUCAAGCUUGGGUUGAUGGAAACCCAAACCAAGUAUGUGGAAAAGUGAUAGAUAAUGUAAAAGGAACAUCUAGUUUCUUACUAGGCCAAGGAUGGCCAUUGUUUUUGAGUGAGUUUGGUGGAGAUUUGAGAGGUACUAAUGUGAAUGACAAUAGAUACCUUAAUUGUUUCAUGGCAUUAGUAGCUGAGCUUGAUUUGGAUUGGGCCUACUGGACACUUGUUGGCAGUUACUACUUCAGAGAAGGUGUCAUUGGAAUGGAAGAGUUUUAUGGAGUUCUCACUUGGGAUUGGAAUCAAGUUAGGAGUGUCAGCUUCUUAAACAGAAUCACUGCCCUCCAACUUCCAUUUAGAGGACCAGGUAUCAUAGAAGGAAAUUCACACAAACUUAUAUUUCAUCCUUUGACAGGUCUGUGUGUUAUAAGUAAAUCAGAACUAAAUACAUUAACAUUGGGUGCUUGUUCUGAUUCUGAUGGUUGGGAAUACACAUCUCACAAGACUCUAUUAUUGGUAGACAAUUCAAACUUAUGCAUACAUGCAGAGAGAGAAAAGAAGCCUGCAACACUUAGCAUGACAUGCUCAGAUCCUAACUCUAAAUGGAAAAUGAUCUCAGAUUCGAACAUGCAUCUUUCAUCUAAACUAAGUGAUGGUUCUAAUGUAUGUUUAGAUGUAGAUGAUAACAACAUCAUUGUGACUAAUACUUGUAAAUGUUUGAGUAAAGAUAACAAAUGUGACCCUGCAAGUCAAUGGUUCAAACUUGUCGAUGGUGGAAGGAGGUCAAUCUCAACAACCUCAACAAUAUCCAUUUCGAAUUCAUCAAACUUUUUGUGGAAACCAUUGAGCAUAACAUAG